AUGCAAAACAUGUCGAGGCGGUUUGGUCGCAUGACGACGAAGUCAUCGGCAGAUGACAGCCAGAUCGCUGUGCUUUUAAAAGACUUCGACGACGCUGAUAUGCUCCUAGGGAAGAUUACGGAGUCGACCCAAGCCUGGCGUGAUGCCUGGAUCUCUAUUGCAACCUACCAGAGUCGUAUGAUCGAUGAGUUUGACGGCCUUUACGGUCCUAUCAUCGGCUCCUCAGAAACUCCAUCCAAUCACAAAGCCGUGGAAACAGACUCGGUCAGAUUAGGUCGAACAAAUCGACUGCGCAAAGAAUACGAUGAACUCCGCACCGAUUUAAUGGAGGAGCUUGGUGCUGUGGAUAUCCGCAUGGCCCAGCCAGCUGCGAAAGCCAAGGAAUCCCUAUUGCCGAUGAAGAAGACUAUCAAAAAGCGCAAUGACAAGAAGGUGAAUAACACAAUCCAUGAUUGUAGAAGAAAUUUUGAUGCUUAUGUUGCACCCCAGACCGACUUUGAGGUCUCCCAAAGCCGGGUUGAUAGUCUCAUGAAAAAGCCCAAACGCUCCGAUCGCGAGAAUGCAAGCCUGGCCAAAGCAGAGGCAGAGCUUGCGAUUACAAAAGAGGCGUAUCAAGCUGCCGACGCUGAUCUACGACAGCGACUCCCAACACUAGUUGCGCUCAUCUUCUCUCUCACGCCAUACAUUCUUGAGGCGCAGGUUGACAUUCAAAACCGCAUGCUUGCGCACUAUUACACAGUUCUUCACACCUACUGUGAGGAAGAAGGAUUCCCAUCGCCCCCACCAGACAUGGACCAAAUAGUGCAAGACUUCGAAUUCGCCUUCAACCCCGUGCGAGGAGAAAUCGAAAACUUCGGCUGUUUAACACAAGGAAAAGCCAUGCGAAAACAAAAAACGCCCCUCAAUCGGAGGCCGCACAGCCAGCAAUAUUUCAUCAACCUCACUCUCCUCUUUCCGCAGAGGUUCUCAAACACCAGCAUCGUCAAGCCAAACGCCAAUUUCAUGCGUCCCAGAAUACCCACCUUCACCCCCCUAUCAACAACGUUGAGCCGCAAAAGCAGUGCAAUCCCCGUUGGCAACACGGCUGUUUCCCCGCCCGCGUCCACAGGUGGAGACUAUUUCAGCCCCCCACAACCAAUCAUGCCAGCCCUACAGCCAACCCCACAGCCAACCCCACCAGGCGUGAUGUCGUUCUCUCCCGCUGGCCCAAAAAUCGAUCAUUUCCAGUCCACCGUCUCGAGAGGAACUACGCCCCUUGACCCCAUCGUUGCCGCUAUAGGCAAGAAGAAGCCCCCGCCACCACCCCCGACAGCGUCCCGUCCUGUCUUCGUCACGGCCUUGUAUGACUUUGACGGCCAGGGGACUGGGGAUUUGGUCUUCCGCGAGGGAGAUCGCAUACGCGUUGUUCGCAAAACCAAUAGCACGGAUGACUGGUGGGAGGGUGAGUUAAGGGGCCAGAAGGGUCCUUUCCCUGCGAACUAUGUGGAGUAA